CACUUCUUUUGACCUUCCGAAAACAAAAUGUCGGCACUUGCGGCUCCGAAGGCUGUUUCUCCACUUAUUCGGUUCUGCCGAUAUGCUGCCCUUUUCUCUGGAUUAGGAUAUGGCUCUUACCGACUCAAGAGCUUGAGCGCCAAAGAAGAAAAGAUUCAGGAGCGUGAAAACAAAGUAAAGGCUGCAAAGGCGGUUCAACUUGCUAUGGAGAAAGAAGCAGCAAUGAAGGUUGAGAUGGAUGCUUUAGCCAAGGAAUUGGGGAUUGUGACGAAGUGAUGACAGUCGAGGCUAGGAUUUCUGAAUAAGAUGUGUUUUAUGUAUGCUGUAGCCCAAUAGAAUUUGUGUUGAACAUUUGUUUGAAGCCCUGUUUACCAAUGUUACAUGUGCUUGAUGGGAAAUUUCCACAUGUAAUGUACAUGUGAUUUUAGUGAACCAAGGAUGGGAUAGAUUUGCUGUAAUUAACAUGUCAUUGACUUCACACACUGGACUCUUGUACAUAUUCAUUAGAAGAAGAAUCGGCAUUCAGAUGUAGUGGACAUUCUAUAUAAAACAACAGCUUGAGGCAAAUGUUCAGAGUUCUUCUAAUAAGAUUGAUAUUGUGUGUUGUAAUAAAAAUUUUCCCAGUAAUUUCA